AUGUUGGCAACAAUCCGUGGAUUCACGAGACUGGCAAGCUUAUUUGCCAUCCUGCUUAUUCUGACUUGCUUGCCAUGCGAACGACAUUAUGCCGAAGCCUUUUCUGUUCAGACGACUACGGCAAAAGUCGAAAACACAGUGAAUGAGCUACUUCAGCAAGCUCCCGACUAUGAACCUUCUCCAGACGACGACUUCUUUCGAAACUUUCGGACACGGGUCCCACGGCGGAUUCAGUAUUUUUUGCGAGACUUUGGAAUUCUCCGUUUUGUGGUGGACACAAUGACUUUGAUUGCUGCUGCUCCGGCCGUUCUUGAGGAACAACCAAUCGCAUUGACGCAGUUCGUACAUUCAUCAGGCCUACAAGGUUCCCUUCUUUCGAAACUUGUCAACCGCAAGUUGAAAUCUGAUAUUAGUAUGAGCCAAGACUUCUUGGAACCCGCCGUCGCCUUUCAGAGACUGCAGUAUGGCAAAGAUCGCCGACAAAUUCUCGAUCUGAUUCAGUGUAAACGAGAGAACACUACGAGCGGAAGCACAAUUAAUACUUCAAAACGACUUGUCUUGUUUGUUCAUGGUGGAGCAUGGGGAAGGCCAAUAGCAAGUCCAUUCCUGCAAGAAAAUAUCGAUGUUGCCAUUGUUGGAUAUCGAACGUAUCCCAACGGGAACGUAUCCGAUCAAGCUGCUGACAUUGUGGCAUCCCUCUCGAAACUAAAGCAUGAAGGAUUGAUUGAUGCCAAGACCGACAUCACCUUAAUGGGGCACUCUUCUGGCUCACAUAUUGCUGCAAUGGCCCUUUUGACCGAUCCGGAAUUUCGACAAAGCAUCGACUCCUUUGUCGCUUUGAAUGGAGUGUACGACAUUCCGAAGCAUUAUCUCUUCGAACGCGCACGAGGCGUCGAACGAAUCUCACCCAUGGCAGUUGCUUGUUCUAUCCCAUUGAUAGAAGAAUCGGCUGUAGGCAAAGUAUCGGGCUCGUUACGGGAAAAUUGGAAGAGCCAGUCACCCACAUGGCUAAUACUGCGACAGCCAUCAAAAUCAACUUUGAUGGACUCGUUUCCAGACACACUCAUCGUUCAUGGCAAAAAUGAUACUACAGUUCCAAUGGAGUCUUCCAUACGAUUAUGGGAAUCUCUAAAUAAGUCUGCUGCCACUCAACAGAAUAGCCGCCGGAUCGAUUUAGAGGUCCUCCCAGAGGUUGAACACUUGGAUUCCUUGAUCCAGAUAAUGUUUGGUGGGAUUACGAGAGAUACAGUUUUGAAGUGGAUGCAGGAGUCGUCGGAAUGA